AGUGAUUUAUGAUCGGGGGUAGAGUAGCGUGAUUAAUCUGCACCAUGCUAUUGUGAUCUCGCUGAAAUAACUAGUUAAAUCUUUCCUUCUUUUGUCUGAAUCGUUUGUGAUUUUCUAGUAUAUAUCAUGUUGUGGAUGUAGCAAGUUUCUACGAAUCAUAUAUGUUCGAUUUGAAAUAACAUUAUAAAUGUUACACAUUUGUUUCUUUAUAAUAAAGUUUAAUUCCCUGCAGUCGUGCUAUGGACAUGGAAAACCAGUAGGCCAUUCUUGUGGAUGCCAAAUGUAGUCUUUUUGGAGUGAAAAAUCAAAGAUGGUGAGAUGAUUGUUUUGCUUUGAACAUGAGACCUGUCAACAUUUAUUCUUUGACUAUCCUUUGCCCUGGCGUGCUGUUCAUUUAGCAUUCAAUAUUACUCCUUUGUGUGGCAUGUCACAUAUUUUUGCCUGCUAAGGCACAGGGUGUGUCCAUGCUCAAUCUCUCAUCAUAUUUGCCCACCAAAAGCGCUGUAACAGCUGCCGCUCAUGCCUUCAUCUCGCCCGUGGCUUUGAUCUCUCUUCCCACAUAAGCUCGGCCUUCCUGUUCAGGUUCUGUGGCUCUCUAGGUGUGCCUUCUUCACUAUACAAUAGCACGAUCCUACGAUCCUCAAUUUUCCCGACAUUUUCUUGCCUCAAAUUCCAAGAAAAUCACAACGUUCUUGCUCUAUAGUCUAUACAACUGCCCCCCUGUAGCAAGUUGCUGUAACGGAGUCCCCAAUUAUUUUAUCCUGGUACACCAACCACCGCAAUGGUGCUCCCGACAUUACCAGUUACCCUCACAUUCCUCACACUGUUAGCUCUCUUCUCGAUUGCCAAGGCGGCUGACAAGAACUCCACAGCCUCUGGCCUCAUCCUCCUAAAUUGCGGAGCAUCAACCCAAGACAAUGAUGAUAGUGGUCGUACAUGGGAUGGGGACACCGGGUCCAAGUUUGCACCAUUACUGGAAGGAGUUGCAGCCAAUGCUUCGUAUCAAGACCCUUCACUCCCCUCCAGGGUCCCUUGUAUGACUGCACGCAUCUUCACUUCAAAUUACACCUAUUCCUUCCCUGUCAGCGCAGGCCGCAUGUUCUUACGCCUCUACUUCUAUCCGAUUGCUUAUGAGAACUAUGUUGUCUCCGAUGCCUUUUUUGGUGUCACCGCAGGAAAUCUUGUACUCUUAAAUGGUUUCAGUGCUUGGCAAACUGCUCAGGCGACCAGUUCUGCCUACCUUGUCCGUGAAUUCUCGGUGAAUGUUUCUUUAGGCAGCUUGGACCUCACCUUUGCCCCAUCAGCAGAUCAGAAUGGUUCUUAUGCAUUUGUCAAUGGCAUCGAGAUUGUGCCCACUCCUGACAUCUUUACAACAUAUGACACAAGAUUUGUCGGCAUAGGCACAACUCCAUUCUCAUUCGCCGCUGACACGGUCUUCCAGACUAUGUACCGGCUCAAUGUUGGGGGUGAAGCCAUUUCCCCGACAAAUGACUCGGGCUUUUACCGCUCAUGGGCCGAAGAUUCCCCAUACAUAUUUGGUGACUCUGGGAUAUCAUUCUCCAAAGAUAGUAAUUUGACUAUUACGUAUACACCUGCAGUGCCGAAUUACACCGCUCCAAUAGAUGUCUAUGGUACAGCUCGGUCGAUGGGGUCAAAUGCACAGGCCAACCUGAAUUACAACCUUAAAUGGAUUUUACCGGUUGAUGCGGGGUUCAUCUACCUCCUAAGGUUCCAUUUCUGUGAGAUUAAGUACCCUUUUACCAAGAUAAACCAGAGGUCGUUCUUCAUCUACAUCAACGACCAGACAGCGCAGCGGAACAUGGAUGUUAUCGGUUGGAGCGGAGGAAUCGGUAGAACAACAUACAGAGACUAUGUUAUCAGCACUAUUGGUUCUGGUCAGGUGGACGUGUGGAUUGAACUUCAGCCUGAUCUUUCAAGUAACCCAGAGUAUUCUGAUGCAAUACUGAAUGGUCUUGAGAUCUUCAAGCUACCGGGUUCCGGUACAAAUGAAUCCAAAGUUGACAUGCGAGCAGCCCUCAUUGGAACUAUCGGUGGUUUUUCUUUGAUGUUGAUUGCCAUUUUGAGCACGCAUGUCAUCUGUAGGCGGAAGAAGGUAAAGAAGAGUUCUUGCAAGACCGACUACGGACAUCUGAAUCGUCACACUGAACAAAGAAAGCCUACAUGUGAUCUCGUCCGCCAUUUCUCAUUUGCAGAAAUUCAAGUUGCCACCAAAGACUUUGAUGGAGCACUUAUCAUCGGCAGAGGUGGUUUCGGGAAUGUCUACAGUGGUGAUAUAGAUGGAGGGACAAAGGUGGCGAUCAAGCGAUGCAACCAGAAAUCCCAACAAGGCUUUCAUGAGUUCCAGACUGAAAUCGAGAUGUUGUGCAAUUUCCGACAUCGCCACCUUGUGUCUCUGAUUGGUUACUGUGAGGAGAAGAAUGAGAUGAUUCUGGUGUAUGAUUACAUGGCUCAUGGAACAUUGCGGGAGCAUCUAUACAACACCAGAAACCCACCACUGUCAUGGCAGCAGCGCCUUGAGAUUUGCAUCGGUGCAGCCCGAGGACUGCAUUACCUCCACACUGGCGUAGAGCUAGGAAUCAUCCACCGUGAUGUUAAGAGCACCAACAUCCUAUUGGAUGAUAGGUUCAUGGCAAAGGUUUCUGACUUCGGUCUGUCUAAGGCUAGUCCAGACAUUGACAACACCCACAUGAGCACCGCUGUGAAAGGCACCUUUGGAUAUCUUGAUCCAGAGUACUUCCGGCUGCAGCGUCUCACCAAAAAAUCAGAUGUGUACUCCUUCGGGGUCGUGUUGUUUGAGACCUUGUGUGCGCGCCCUGUGAUAAACACCGAGCUUCCGGAUGAGCAAGUGAGCUUGCGUGACUGGGCACUUUCUUGCCAAAAGAGAGGUGUACUCAAGGAGAUUGUUGACCCCCGUGUUAAGGAGGAAAUCACCCCUGAGUGCUUCAGGAUUUUUGCAGAGAUAGCAGAGAAAUGUGUAGCUGAUCGUAGCAUAGAUAGGCCAUCAAUGGGUGAUGUACUCUGGAACCUUGAGGUCGCACUCCAGCUGCAGCAGGAUAGUGCAAGCUACAACAGCAACUGUACAGAGGGUGCUUCAUCUCUUCAGAUCAGCGCGGUGCAUUCAGACAAACCAUCCGCCAACUCAACAAUUAGCGUCUCAGCGCAGAAAGCCAUAUUUUCAGAUAUUGCGCAUGCAGAAGGCCGAUAAAGGCAAACUGCAGGUUGCUAUUUUGUUAUUUUGCUACAAGGUUGCUCAGUGCCUCAGUUAUCUUGAUGCUGUAGUAUUAACUACAGCCAUAUCUGACUGAACUAUCAAGGAUAAAGGAGGGGUCUACAGUAGAUAUAUUACCCGAAUUUUAAGCACUCUCCCUUCUCCGAGUCAAUGAAGAAGUCAUGAACAGUGUAAUCAAUCUAAUUGGGGUUACGAAGGUGCCCAGUGGAUAUCCAGUGUCAUCCCUUCUGAUUCUUAGCGUCUUAUCCAGCUUGUUCAGAGGCCACGUUUGUGAUGACAUGGCCAAGAAGCCGACGACGCCACUGAGGCACCCGUAGCCUCAUUGGUGCUAUGCAUCGCCAGAUAUAUGGAGCUAGUGGAGCCAUAAUUACAAAGUGAAAGGUAGACAUACGUUUUUUAAAUAUAUAGUAUGCUUAUUCCACAAAAUUCUUAAGAAUUGUUUAAUUCAAUGCCCACCUACACUCAAACUUUUCACAUUCGCUCGAACACUUUGUUCACCCAUUCAUUUUAAAUAAUCUUGCAACUUACGCAUAUUCUGUAAUCAUUGAUUUUGCACUCGCAGAUUCAUGUGUUUUCUUUAUUAUUAUGUUUUUAUUCAUGUGACCCAAUCACACCUGAAUCUAAAAUAUGCAGUUCGCGCUUCCUGGAGUCCUCCAGCGAGCUGGUACAGUUUUUCGGUGUACCAGCACCCUUUUUACUGUACUUAUUAAGGUAGCUACAGAUAUUGAUUGAUUUGGAGCUUCUAUUUGGUCAAGAGUUUGUUAUUCCUUUGUCCAAGAUCUUGGAACUUACUAUCUUGUUAUCAAAGUUCAUAUUACAUGGGUAGUCAGUAGCCUCACAUAACUAGCACACUUCAACAUAUUUUCCACGGUGGCAAUGUUGACAAUGUGAACUUGCUUGAAGUAGAAAUGACAAUAUCCGCGGAAAACUUGACAAAUCCGAUGAAAAGAUUUUCCCUUGUUACAAGACUAGAUAGGUGGCCUUUGCAUGUAUGUCAAGGGCAUCUUUGAUUCGCCGGAUUAUGGAAAUGUAGUGAUAGGGAAAAUAAAAACAGGAUAGAAAAUGCAUAUGAAAACAGAGGAUUAAUAAAUACAAGAGUUUCAUGAGAUUUAGUGUUAGAAUCGUUGAGUUGAGUUACUAUAAACAGUCAAAUCACAAGACUGGUAUGAUUAGAAUGUUCAUGCUAUUAUUAUAAACAGGUUAGAAAAUGCAUAUGAAAACAGAGGAUUAAUAAAUACGGAGUACAAGAGUUUCCUGAGGUUUCGUGUUAGAAACAUCGAGUUAGAGUCACUAUAAACAGUCAAAUUACAAGACUGGUAUGAUUAGAAUGUUCAUGCUAUUAAACCUUUCAUAGCUUUUUUACCUUCACCUCAUUACCUGUAUCUCCUAUGGACAAAGAUUUUUUUUUUUUGAAGUUAUUUUCCAUCAACAUCUAAAAAAGUAUAUUUACAUCAAACCAAAGGGAAGGAAAUAAAAACAGCUCCAAAGAGCUAUCCGAUACCAUCAUACCAGUCUUUUUUAACAUGGUGACAAUCAUGGGAGAGGGGCAUUCCCUCCUUCCUUUGGCCCUCGUGGCGGCGGCGCGGGCCGUCAGAUCGGGGACAAGGGGCGCCUCGUCCGGCUGGUCUCCCGGAGGCGGGGACGGCUGGAUCCGGCAGCGACUGGGCUAGGAGGAGGUGGCGCGGUGUGGCGGUGCUGGUGGCAGGGUUUCGGUCGAGGUCGUCUUCAAUCUAGAUCGAGUUCUCCAUCGGGGCGUCGCACGGCGGUGGGAUCGGAUCGGCGGCAGCAUCACCGGUUCGGCGGAGGGCUCCGUUCCAGCCAACCGCGAGAUCGGGACGCCGUGGCCUCCGGUGAAAAUCGCGUCUGACUGCGGUCAUGGCGGACGAUGGCGGCGUCUCAGACGUCGUUCAUUUCUCGAGGCAUCGUCGUUGCAGGUCACGUCAACCUGAUCGAAAGGCUCCGGGGGAAACCCUUGAUCUGGAUCUACCGGAUCGGACGAUGGCAACGUUUUGAUGUCGUUCUCCCUCCUGGGGGCAUCGUUUUGGAGCAAGUGUUGACUGGAGGGGACAAGAGGAGGAGCGGCGUGGCAUCUGGCAGGUUGACAACGGCGAGGCUCAGCGGCAUGGAGCAGCGGGGGUCUCGCCGAUGGGCGUGUGAUGAUGGACGAGUGCAGGGUGGUGGCGCUGUCUGGCGUCGUGGUGGCGUCGAUGGCAGUGAGGCCUAACACGGUUCAUGCAACAGUUCAGCUCUGAAGAUGGAUUGAUGGUACGUGGCUGUGGCGGCCUCAUACCCGGCAGGGGGCCUGGUUGACGAGCACGCCGGACUGGUGGGUGCCCAUACCCGGAAGGAGUCCUGGUUGGGACCUCAGGUCUAAGAUGUUAGGUUUGGCUGCGAGGUCUGUUUGGUAUUAGGCCCAGACCAUCAGCGCCCCUUCAUCAGUUAGAUAGGAGUAGCGACAGAGGUUGCGAAGAUGGUGGCUUUGGUCUUACUGUUGUACGAUUUUGUAAGGUCUUGUGUUAAUAAUCAAUAAAGUGGCCGUAUGCAUCGUCCAGAUGCAGAGGCCGGGGUAUUCUCCCUUUUCAAAAAAAAAAUGGGAGAGGAAACCUAGAGGACCAAGGAAUCAAUCCAUUGAUCCAGACUGUCCACAUUCUUUGAUUUUGUCCUGAUCCUAACCAGUUAAAUGUCAGGUUUCAGCUUGAAUUUCCAUGAUCUUACCAUAGGAGUUUCAUUCGUGAAGAUCUUUCAAUUUCUCUACAUCGAUAUAUUUCAGCAACUCCCUCGGUCCCAAAUUACUUGUUGCGGAAAUGGAUAAAAACAAAUGUAUUUAGAUCUAAAAUAUAUCUAGAUACAUCCCUUUCCGCGACAAGUAAUUUCAUAUGGAGUGAGUAAUAUCUUAUGUACAGCGACGCGGGAGCUCUCGUGCUAAUUUUUUUUUUAAAAGAAUUUCCAUUCGAUUGAACCAGAUUGAUGAACCGCGUCACCAGCGGAAACUUUCUGUUCAUACAUGGCUGCUACAUUCUUUCCCCUGCACUUGAAUCUCCUGUGAUUUACAGCUACCAUGGUUCCCUCGGCACUAUUCAUUUGCUUUGCUACGCUCUGUAGCUCCAAACCAAGGAGGCUUUGUCCGAAAGCCUGGCGCUGGUCACCCCGUCGGCCGCUCCAGCUGCUCGACGGUAUAUGCACAGGCCGACGGGAAAGCAAGCGAGCGGGCGUACGGUCAGUGCUGUCAAUAUCUGUCGUCGGCACCACGACAAGCGUCGCGUCGAGCCGCCCUCCGGUCCAGGGAACUGAAGCUCUGACGCCUCUGACGCCACGGCG